AUGAAUCGGAGGAAGUAUGCCAUGAAAUUAAUCUCUGAAUCUGGCCUAGGUGGAGCAAAACCUGUUGGAACCCCACUUGAACUGAAUCAGAAACUAACUUCAACAGAGUAUGACAGUUGGAUGAAAAUCAAUGCUGAGGAUGAGAUGUUAAGAGACCCUAUGCAAGUUCUUAGCCAAUUCAUGCAUUGUCCAAAGGUGUCACACAUGGAAGCUGCCCUCAGAGUGGUGAGGUACAUCAAAGCUGAACCUGGACUUGGUCUGCUUAUGCCUGAUGACAACACAAAUAAACUUACAACCUAUUGUGACUCAGACUGGGGAGCUUGCCUACAAACAAGAAGAUUAGUCAUUGGCUACUUAGUCAAGUUUGGGAAUGCCCUUAUAUCAUGGAAGUCUAAGAAACAGGACACUGUUUCCAGGAGCUCAGUAGAGGCUGAAUUUAGAAGCAUGGCUACAUGUGCAACUGAAGUGACCUGGUUGAUAAGGUUGUUUGAAGAAUUUGGUGUGAAGUUAGAAUUACCUGUUAAUCUCUUAUGUGACAGCAAGGCAGCUAUUCAAAUUGCUACCAACCCAAUCUUUCACGAGAGGACUACACACAUACACAUAGACUACAUUUUGUGA